AUGGUCUCUUGUCUCUCUCCAACCCGCGAGCUCCGCACAUUGGCACAAUGCCCCCAGCUAGCCAUCUCAGAAGCUGAAGAUGACCCCGAGAUCAGAGCCAAAUACCGCCCUUUUUUGCUGGAUGCGGAGGUCGAGGCCACGGAUUGGAUCUCUCAACUGGAAUUAGAGACGGCCAUUACCAUGGCUGAGGAGAACUUGGCGCGGACCAAGUCAAGGCUAAAAGUUCUGGUGCUUUAUGGAAGCUUACGCAAACGCUCCUACUCCAAACUCAUGGCCUUCGAGGCCUCCCGUAUCCUUCACCGUCUUGGCUGCGACGUCCGAAUCUUCAAUCCGAGCGAACUCCCUAUCCGCGACUCGGUCGAAGCCUCGCACCCCGCAGUUGAAGAACUCCGCGCUCUCUCUCUCUGGUCCGACGGGCACGUCUGGUGUUCACCCGAACAACACGGAAACCUCACCGCCGUCUUCAAAAACCAAAUAGACUGGAUUCCCCUAUCCACCGGUUCGGUCCGCCCGACACAGGGUCGCACGCUAUCUAUAAUCCAGGUCAAUGGUGGGAGCCAGAGCUUCAAUGCUGUCAAUAGUUUGAGGAUACUGGGGAGGUGGAUGAGGAUGUUCACUAUCCCGAAUCAGAGUAGCCUGCCAACCGCCUGGAAGCAAUUCGAGGAUGAGGGGGGAGAUGGCAGUGGGAAGGCGAGGUUGUUGCCUAGUGGGAAUAGGGAUAGGUUGGUGGAUUGCAUGGAGGAGUUUGUCAAAUAUACGAUUAUUAUGCGGCCACAUUUCGAGCUGUUCGGGGAUCGGUUCAGUGAGAGGAAGGAAGCGCUCGAGAAGAAGAUGAGGAAUCUGAGUGUUAAGAAAGAUAUUGUAGACAAAAUAUAG